UCCGCACCUCACACAUCUUCAACAUCGCAAACACAAGAUCAUCUCGGCAAACUCCGGCACUAAAAUCAUCCGCCGCUGUUCUUUAAUAGAUAUUCAAUGUCUCGGCGCGCGCUAAACGCUCUUUGGAAUCUUGAGGAUUGUUCUUUUUCAAACGGGAUACAAUGUAACAAUGAGUGAGUCAUGCAGAAGUUCUCUUAACUGAAGAAGUGAUACAAUGGGGAAACUGCACUCGAAACAUGCUUGCAAACGUCGAGAGAAUCCCGAAGGGGAUAGUUUUGUUGUAAAUUCAUUUAUUUCAAGAGGAGGGCUUGAAGAAGGCGAGAGAUGUGGCACAUCUGAUCCCAAUCUGAAAGAUUGUCAGAGCUGCGAGCUGAAGGAGGGACAGUUUUCGGCUCAUCACUUCCCCCUGGCGGUGGUUUUGCCUCCAGAGAAGGCCGAGGGAUGUGAGAGUUUUCUGCAGUAUCUGCACACUGAGGAUGGAGAGAGAGACGCGCUGAAGGAAACCUGCAAAGCAAAGAAACGCAUCAGUCUAGAUGACCUCGAGUGUAACGUGUCGCUGGGUGAUGACAACAGGCAGGAAUGGGUCUUCACCCUCUAUGAUUUUGACAACAGUGGAAAGGUGACAAAAGAGGACAUGUCCAGUCUGAUGCACACUAUCUAUGAUGUGGUGGAUGCGUCUGUCAAUCAUUCCUGUAACAGCAAACGAAAGACCCUUCGCGUCAAACUGAUGGUUACACCUGAGCAAGGAGUUUGCAGGAGAGACCCGUCACACCUCAGGACAGAAAGAGACGUGAAUCGUAUGAGUCGCGUUGAGUCUGAUCACCCAGAUCACAACAGACGGCAACACACACACAUCAGGGGUCAGACUGCUGAACCCAAGAGGAAUCAUUACUGUGUGGAUGAGAACACCGAGAGGAGGAAUCACUAUCUGGAUCUGGCUGGAAUCGAGAACUACACCUCCAGAUUUGACAGUUCCUCUCCACCUGCAGCCCAACAAGAGCAGCCCUCGCGAGGUUCACAAUCCCAGAGUCGAUCCCGAUCUCACGAGCCAGAGGCCCACGCCCACCAGCGGUGCUCGCAGGUCAUCGCCGACCACUGCGUUGCUCUGGAUCCACGCACGCGAAACGGGCCCCAGUUCAACAAAACGCCCAAGGGGACGUCCAAAGGAACAGGUAUCAGCCAGGCAGUGGCCAACGGAGGGAGCAAGAUCAGCAAGUGCCACGGCUACUAUCCGCCCAUGCAGGGCUUGCACGCACCGGGUGGCCAUGGGGGUCAGGAUGUGUAUCACUUACCCCAACAGAGCCAUCCACAACCGGGUCACCAACACCCUCUCCAACACAGCCACAGCAAGAGAUUGAGGGCCAAAGGGAGAGAACAGCCCAUGUCGCCUGCUAAACAACACUCACCCAACAGUCCCACGGCGCUCGAGCGUGAGCAGUCCCCUGGCAUGCUGUCGGGCAGCACCGCAGGCUUUGUGGUGCCAGUCGUCCAGCGACACGAGCACCACCAUCACCACGAACAUCACCAUCACCACCACUACCAUCACUACCAUCAGACAUGACUCGCCGCAACUGAAGGAAUGGCGACAGAACGGUCGCCCCUGAUUCUUAAAGGGAUAGUUUACCCAAACUUGUGUCGUUGCAACCCUGUACAACUUUUGUUUGCUGUCUUGUUUACAGUGAGAACGGAAGGGUAUUGGGACUGUACUUAAAAAACAACAUACAACAUUCAUGAACGCAAUCGACCCGAUUCGUGAGCUAAAUUCCAAGUCUGAAAUGUACAUUGGGACUCUCUGAAAUCGUCAUUCUGGCCAUUCUGGCCGGAGAAAUCGGCAUAGCAGCUGGCCCAAAUGUUGUUGAGCGGCGGAGGGGGUUCGCCGUCCUCUUCUGGCUUUUCACGGCCGACACACCGGCCCGCUCGGGUCUCCCGAUGGCCAGUCCGCACCUGAUCAGCCCCAAAGUGCGUCGGCCCACCGGGAAAAUGCCAGGUAUGCCAGAUUACCAGUCCAGUCUCAACUCAUUUUGUGUCCCGUUUUGAAAGACCUGUAGGUCGAAUAAAUCCGUGUUCCAGUGAGACACUUACAAUGGACGUCAAUGGGGGCCAGUUGUGAUCUUUUACAUUUUAAAUGGAUGGAUUUAAAGAAAUGAAUGACGUCUGGAAUGUUUUAAAGUGAUACAAACCAACUAAUUCCACAAAACAUCACAGAAUUAUUACUAUCGCUAAAAAAAACAUGGAGUUUGAUAUUUGAUCUGUUAUAUGAUGGGUGACAUUGAAAUGUGCUGCAUUGUAGGAAUAACCCCGUAACCAGGGCUGGACUGGUAAUCUGGCAUACCGGGCAUUUUCCUGGUGGGCUGACGCACUUUUGGGCUGAUCAGGGGCGGACUGACCAUUGGGAGAUCCGAGCGGGCCGUUGCUUCGACCGCGAAACCUGCCAAGCUAAAAUGUGCUUCCGCGUUAUGCAGAACGGGCCACAAAAUGGCGCAGCGAUAUGCAGAAAAGGACAGCGAACACCCCCCCAUCAACAACAUUUGGCCCCCCAACCCGCUCAACAGUUGGGCCAGUUGCUAUGUAAAAUCCCAGGCUGCUUUCUCUUCCCAGUCCAUCCCGUAACAUGUAAAAUUGUACAAUAAGCCAUGUUGUUCUUGAUGUUUCCCUGCCGCUCAGAUGUGGUUUUGUGUGACGUCUACAAAUAUGUUCUGCUAUAUGUGGAUCUCAGGUGAAUGGUGCUGCUUUGUAGCUUUUCUGGAGAAAAAAAGAGAGGCUAUUUCUCCUUUAGGAGACCCGCCGUGGACUGAAGGUCUCGUCUCUUACUAGAGAUAUACUCCGAAAUAUCACCACUGCUAGUUUUAAUGCUAAAACAUCUUCCUAUAUGUUUAUAAAUUAAAACUAUAUAAAACAUUUUACUGUAUGAUUAUACUCCAAAUGCAUAUUUAUCAGGAUUUAUACGUAUGCAUCUAUACUUUUGUUUUAAUAAAAUACUUAAUAUCUGGUG